GACCUCAGUUGACAGAAUUGAAUUCGACGAAAAAGUACUCGAUGUAUCUACAGAACAAGCGGUCAGUGUAAGGGGGGGUUUGCUCCGGAAUUAUGUACGAUACACGCCAGAAACAACGAGGACCAUUCUUCUGCGUCGAUUUCCUGAAUUUGUGAACCCUGUAAUCUUCGGCGGACCCUGGAAUAAUUUUUGUUGAUGCGUAACCAGUCCGGCUACAAGGGUCACGCGUACGUACUCUCGGUUAUCUUCCUUACCGCCCUCUCCUCCUCCUCGACGGCGACGCCUUUCACUCCAUCUUGCUUGCUCAUCGUCAUCGUCCCCUGUCGGUAAGCCCUUUCGUUCACAACGUGUUUUUUUGUUGUUGAUUGUCCUCCGCAGACGUUAAAGUCGUCUGCGAUGCCGCCCACGGACUCUAUUGGAUGUUCUGAAUACCAGGUCGGGGAGUGGGUUCUUCGUCACUUUAUGCCGAAAUGCCCGCUGUCAUUGCCUUGUCCGCCACCAUUCAGGAAGGUCCUAGGAAUGCCGGUACGUCCAAGUGAUAGCAUCAACGAUGCAUGUGAAAUCUACACGAAGAGAUGCCACGGAAUGUCGACUAUCCUCGUCAACCCCAUGAAUUUUUUCGUCCGAGCCGCUUUAGACCACCGGUGAGAAGUCAUUGAAUUGGCUGGGGAGAACGUGUGACGGC